AAAACGGGGCCUCGCGCCUUCAAGAGAUUCCCCCCAAAGAACCUGCUGGCUCACGGCAGGUGCCACGAUUGCGGCAAGGCUUUGGCUUUCGCUUCCGCUUUCCCCAAACGCCGGCGAGGGGCCGAGAAACCCUACAAGUGCCCCGAGUGCGGGAAGUGCUUCCGCUUGAGCUCCACGCUCAUCACCCACCAGCGGCGGCACAACGGCGACAAGCCCUACAAGUGCCCCGAAUGCGGCAAAGCCUUCGGCGUGGCUUCGGCCUUCGUCCAACACCAACGGGUUCACGGCGCCGCGCCGUCCCCGACGCCGCUGUGCCAAUGCGGUGUCUGCGGUAAAACCUUCCCGGCCGCUUCCGGUUUGGUGAAACACCAAAAACAACACCUGGAAGAGAAACCUUACAAAUGCGGCGACUGCGGGAAGGGCUUCAAUUGGAACUCGCACCUGGAGCGGCACCGCAGGAUCCACACUGGGGAGAAGCCGUACGCCUGCCCCGAGUGCGGCAAAAGCUUCAGUUGGAGCUCGCACCUGGAGCGGCACCGGCGAACCCACACGGGGGAGAAGGCCUACAAGUGCGGCGAGUGCGGGAAGGGAUUCGGGCUGAGCGCGGCGCUGGCGCAGCACCAACGCGGCCACGGCGCCGGCAAAGCGUACGCGUGCGGGGAGUGCGGCAAGAGCUUCGCUUGGAGUUCGCACCUGGACCGGCAUCGGCGCAUCCACGCCGGGGAGAAACCCUACGAGUGCGGGGAUUGCGGCAAGAGCUUCUCGCAGAGCUCCCACCUGGAGAGGCACCGCAGGAUCCACGCCGACGGCUGCGGCAAGGAGAAAGGGAGGAGGUGGAAAUCGGACGGAGGGAAGUGCAGCGAGUGCGGGAAGAGCGCGGCCGGCAGAGCCGAGAGCGUGAAGCACCAGGGCACCCAGACCGGGGAGAAGCCAUACGUGUGCCCCGAAUGCGGGAAGGGAUUCGGGCAGAACUCGGCGCUGGCGAAGCACCGCCGCAUGCACACCGGGGAGAAGCCCUACAAAUGCGGGGAUUGCGGCAAGAGCUUCGGCGUCCGCUCCAACCUGAUCAAACACCAACGCACCCAC